GGGACACUCGUAGGGUCUCUCCUCUCUGUGAAUUCGCUGGUGGAGGCUGAGACUGGAGCUGGUCUGGAACCUCUUCCUGCACUGCUCACACUCGUAGGGCCUCUCCCCGGUGUGGAUGCGCCAGUGCACGAUCAGGGGGAGUGUUUGAUUUGUAUGGGCGUGGCUAUGCAAAUCUGAGGGCGAUGGCGCGCUGGGAUUGGUGGGUGGGAGGAGCGCGGUGGUUCCCCCGUCACGUGAGGGCCGCGGGGGACCGGAGCGAUGGCGGCGGCGUCCGAGACCGAGCGGCUGCUGAGCCGCGGCCCCGGGUACGGCACGGCCGAGGCGGCCGCGGCGCCGGUGCCGGUACCGGGAGAGGAGGAAGAGGAGGAGGAGGAGGAGGAGCUGCGGCGCCGCCUCAAGUAUUUCUUCAUGAGCCCCUGUGACAAGUACCGGGCCCGCGGCAGGCGGCCCGUGAAGCUCGCGCUGCAGCUCGCCAAGAUCGUCCUUGUCACCGUGCAGCUGAUCCUGUUCGGGCUCAGCAACCAGCUGGUGGUGGCCUUCAAGGAGGACAACACGGUGGCCUUCAAGCACCUGUUCCUCAAGGGCUACGAGGACGGCGCCGAUGACACCCAGGCCAUCUACACCCGCGGGGACCUCCUGGAGCACCUGGCCUUCGUCCUCGAGAAGUACCUGGCUGUCCCCAACGAGACCCUGGGCCGCUACGCCUACGGUGGCACCGGGGGUGGCCCCGGGCUCCGGCUGUGCCAGCGCUUCUUCCGCAGGGGGGACAUUGACCCCGGCAACGACACCUUCGACAUCGACCCCGGCGUGGUCACCGAGUGCCUGGGGCUGCACCCCGGGGACCCCCAGCCCCCCGUGCUGGACGGCCCCGACAGCAACUUCACCCUCCAGUUCCACAGGCUGAUCAAUGUCACCGUGGAGUUCCAGCUCAAGGCCAUCAACAUCCAAACGCUGCUGAACCACGAGAUCCCCGACUGCUACACCUUCAGUGUCACCGUCACCUUUGACAACAGCGCCCACAGCGGGCGAGUGCGGAUCCGCCUGGACACCCACGCGGCCAUCCGGGAGUGCCACCACCCCUCGCUGCCUGGCCCAGGUGACAGCUGGCGGCGCCUGGCCUUCGACGUGCUGGUGACAGCCGUGUGCUCGCUGUCCCUGGUGCUCUGCGCCCGCUCCAUCGCCCGCGGGCUGCUGCUGCAGAGGGAGUUCAGCCGGUUCCUGCGGCGCCGCUCGGUCCCGCUGUCGCUGUCGGGCCGCCUGGAGUUCCUGAACGGCUGGUACCUGCUGCUGGUCACCAGCGACCUCCUGACCGUGCUGGGCACCGUGCUCAAGAUCGGCAUCGAGGCCAAGAACUUCUCGGGGUACGACGUGUGCAGCAUCCUGCUGGGGACAUCGACGCUGCUGGUGUGGGUCGGGGUCAUCCGGUACCUGACCUUCUUCCAGAAGUACAACAUCCUGAUCGUGACGCUGCGCGUGGCGCUGCCCAACGUGAUGCGCUUCUGCUGCUGCGUGGCCGUCAUCUACCUGGGCUACUGCUUCUGCGGCUGGAUCGUGCUGGGCCCGCACCACGUCAAGGUGCGGCCAGGUGAUCCCCCAUUUCCGGUGAUCCCCCAUUUCCGGUUCGGGGUCCAGGUGAUCCCCCAUUUCCGGUGCGGCCAGGUGAUCCCCCAUUUCCGGUUCGGGGGCCAGGUGAUCCCCCAUUUCCGGUUCGGGGUCCAGGUGAUCCCCCAUUUCCGGUGCGGCCAGGUGAUCCCCCAUUUCCGGUUCGGGGUCCAGGUGAUCCCCCAUUUCCGGUUCGGGGUCCAGGUGAUCCCCCAUUUCCGGUGCGGCCAGGUGAUCCCAGAUUUCCGGUUCGGGGUCCAGGUGAUCCCCCAUUUCCGGUGA